AACUACUAUCUGUGCGUCGUCUCAUUAAUGAAAUAUUGAACACAUAUUAAACCCCAUGUAGCAUAUCCUCCCUGCUUCUAUGCCCUCCCUGUUCCAAUCCUCUCUCGAACCUUCCAUUCUGGCCUCCCUGUUGCAAACCUUUCUUGGCGUAUUGAAGACCAAGUCGGAAGAAAGCAUAAACUCACGAGUGAGGCAGUAUAUGGAAUUCUUACCCAAAGUACCACGAUUUAGUACGGUGAUGCUGUUUUUGAGUAAAGAAGAAAAGGGGUUCGUCGGGGAGAUAUGGGCAAUAUUAGGGACAGGAGAGUAAAUUCGAUGGCAGAGAUGUGAGUUUAAUAGGGGUAGAAUAUUAUACAGCGUAGAGCUCGAAGUUUUAGAUGUCUGACAACUUUUGAUUUGUGUGAAUGAGGUCUAAGUUGAACC